GUCGAUCAUGUAGCGUCGUAUUUCAGCUUCAGGUGACUGUCGCCGCGGAUAAAUGUUAGUUAUAUGUGUAUAAGCUUCAUCGUCAUCGCAUUUUUUUAGUUCUGGGGUUGGUUGUUGAUGUUUUGGUGGUUUCGUACGUUGAACGCUGUUUUCCGUUGGGCGAUCGCUUCGGAAGUGGAACAACCAUUCAGUUUGUGCUGGUGACGGUUGGAUUGUGCACUCGUGACGUUGGAGUAUCUUUAUCAGUGAUAAAUAUUUGCAAAUCUUGCGAAUCAAUGUAUGAUUGUAUUUCUAUUUUACUGGAUAUGUGAUUAGCUGUGAGUAAGGGAGAUCUAACAUCAAAGACAGAUGUUUGUAUUGGAACUUAUGAAGGUGUUAAGGUCGAUGUAAGGAGUAAAAUUUUUAAAAUCAAGAAAGUUUUUCCACAUCGUAAAAACAAGAUUUCAACCACAUUCUUCAGUCUUGGCUUGCUGCUCUGCUAGAACCGGCGCGGAACGAUCUUCGGAGAGUUUGUGUUUUGUGUAGAUCUCGCAGUAGGCUGGCACGGUUUGGAAGAUCAACAGGCAGUUAGUAGAUGCUGCGGUGUAUUGUAACCAUGUCCUCCAUAAUAGGACGGAUACCCUAUUAUUCACAGCUUCGCAUCGUCGCAGCUUGCUGAGACUGGGAAGGACGGAUGUGAGCAGUUUGAAAAUGUGAGCGCACGCAAUUAGGCGUGGAACGGUUCUCUUCUUUCCGAAUGUACCUUCACCUGAACGUGCAAGUGUGAAUGGGCUUCUGCAGGAAAUGGGUUUAACUGAAUUUUGUUGCUUUCCAUGCUGAUUGGCCGAAGAAUUUCGAGAAGCCGGAAGAAUAACAAGUUUAUUGUGAUGUCUACAAAAAAGGUGGAAAUCCGUCACAAUUAUAACGAGUGUGGUGAAGCAAGUGAUCUGUGGUCUCAUCAAGUGUCUAAAUUGUGGGUAAUGCAUGUAGGUGUAUUCGAAUGAAGUGGAACGGGUUUCGUGUCGUUAUAAAUGAAUCCAUGAAGACGUAGAAAACCAAAUAUGCUAAAGGUGUUCCAGAUGUGCUCAUUAGUGGAGAUGAAAGUGUUUAAUAUGAAUGUAGUUGAAGCAGCAUCAUUACUACUAGCAAAACGAGAGAAGCAAAAGUGGCUGCAGCUUCAGUACUUCAAAUUCCGUUAUAGUGAAAAUGUAAUCCACUGGGAACUGGAACACAUUAAAUGCUGAAACACAUACACUCUGGCCCCGUGUCUGGUCAAAACAGAUCUACACGGGGUCUCAGCCGGGCAGUCCAACCGCUGAACGUUUCGACAGUGUCCGCCACUUCAGUGACCCCGUCCUCAGCGAAACACAUGAAUGGAGGACCACCUAGGCUGUUGUCGUCAUUCAUAACUCCGUUGCCGUCGGUUUCGUCCAACAGCAACAACCUCAAUGCAACAAACAAUAACAACUCGACAACGAACAACAACAUCCUGAGUAGUACCACUGUAAAUAUCAAUAAGGAUCGAUUAGGCGCGCGAGAAGCUCUAACGAGCUUAGGGUUAUUAUGUCUAGUGUCUCUUUUGUUAGCUUUAUUAUCGUUAAUAUUUUUGUUGAAAAUUUCCCCGGGUGGACGAGAGCCCCCUCCACCAACGGUUGGGCCGGCAGUUUUGGAGGACUACGCGAUCGUUUACGACGUGACGCUGGCGCUGUGUGCCCUUUCCCUGUCGCUGAACCUGUGCUGCCUGCUGGUUUGUGCCAUCCAGUUUUUGUUUGCUGUUAAAUUAGUUCGUGCACCUGCAACUACCGGAAGGGGGAACAAAUACUUACAAAAAUCCAGUGUAAGUCGAGUGUGUGCUGUUGGUGGAUUUUUCAUCUCGAUUCCCAUUUUCUUAACAGGGAUUAUUCUCUACACUUUUACGCAAUUCCACUCAACACCGGCAAUAGUGACCAGCAUCUUGAUCGGUGUGGGCAUCGUAUUCUGCGGAGGUGCCAUGGUGCACAACGUAUUCGUCUGGCAGCGGGAGAAAACCAUCAGCGUUCGGCAAUCGCCGCUGAACUUGAACCUGACACUUUCACCGCAGAUUAGCACGAUUUCCCACCCGACGCAUUAUCUCAAUCAAAACGGGCACGCGACCCACAUGGCACUCAAUCACAGCCACGCGAACCAUAAUCACACACCGGUGACCCAGCAGUUGACCCCAGUGACUCCACUCUCGGGAAACCAUUCCCAUAUAAGUUUCAACCAUUCGGCAUAUUUGCCAUCGUAUGGAGGCAUGCGGGCUGCAACUGCGACGCCCCCUACCCCGAAGGUUAACGCUCUGCUGGGUCGAGAUGCGACCGGAUCAGUUAGUCCAGGAAUGCCCACCAACAUGAAUGCGGCCACACUCGACAUAAGCAACGUUACUGCCACGAACUCACCGCAUGAGCUGUCGACGCUCGUGUGAGCUUGAUGUCGCGUAUUUUAAGCAAAAUAAGAUAGCAAUUGCCCUUGACAGAUAAAUGAGUAAUUCUCGCUGACAUCAGGCCGCCAUCGGUACACAUCGUUAGAAUUCCAUUUUUUGUUCCUGUUCGCUAGAAUAUGCUAAAACUAGAUGAGAAACGUUUUUGCUUACUCAAAUUGAUGGACCCCUCGUUGAACAGCAAGCUAAACAGUUCGUGAAAAAAAGUCCAUUUUUGAUAUCUAAGUUUUAGCCAUGUUUUCAUGUGAUAAGUCUCAUAUUUUUCUCAGAAACUCAACGACAUAUUUUGUUUACAAAAACGCUUCUUUUCUAGUCUUAGCAUAUUCUAGUGAACAGCAACAAAAAAACAACAAUAAUUUUAACGAUGUGAGCCGAUGGCGGCAUGGUUUCAGCGAGAAACGAAAUUCCCGAAUCCUGUCGAAGAAGCAAAAUGAAUAAUGCCAGUUGGCUAAGAGUAAACUAAAGCAAGAAUUAGAAAAAAAUGCGUCAUCUCGCAUGUACGUAUUCAAGCAAAAUGUUUUACAAACGAAUCAGUUCCUUAAAAAGUUCAUUUUGAAAUCAACGAAAGCGAUAGCAUUUUAUUGACCAUAGGAGGACGUAUUUUUUUUUAGUCUACAUAGAAGCAUUUUCUACACAGCAAUCAUAUUUGACGAACUCAGCGGUAAAAAAAAUACCGAUAAACGUAAUGUACAAAGUACCCUCGUAAGACGCCGUUAGUGAUAUCCCUUAAGUGUGUACAGCUCAAUGUGUAAAGACGUUUUAAAAUAGCUAUUUAUUUAUCAAUGCAAGAAUGUUCUCUGUUCCAUAGGCCGAGGUAAGUUUUUAAAUUUUAGGUGAUGAUAUCGGCUCACGACAGGUUUAGCAACGAAAGUGUAUCAAAAUUUCGAAUUGCAGAAAUAAACGUUACUUUUUUAAUUA